AUGAGGCUGUAUGCGUCAUAUCAACAAAACACCAUCGUACUUGUCAUUAUAUGCGCCCUCUAUGCCCUGGAGGUUCUUGUUGGCGUCAUUGCCGGCACGAUAAUUGUUUCCAGUGUGGAGGUCAUGGAGCGCCCUGAGGGCUUUCCCAUUCCAGGGUGUUUACUGAGUCGGCCGAAACAUCCAAAGCUUGGCGUUGCGUCUUGGGGUAUCGCCGUCGCCGUCACGUGCAUCUAUUUCUUGCUUAUCUUGAACAAGUUCGCGCGUACCAUCACGCUGUUUAAGCCAUCCAACGAGGCAGUCCCGCUCACCCAGCUUCGACGCAUCAGCCCUGUUAUAUACUAUUUCCUUCGAGACAGUGUGCUGUAUUUUCUUCUGGUUUUCUCGGGUAACCUCAUGAGCCUACUCUUCGAGAUCAAACUGCAAGACCGUGCACUUCGCAACAUGAGUUCAACAUGGCUCGCCGCCAUUUACGCAGUCUCCGUGGGUACUUUCCCAUCUACAAACAUCCGCUUCCUCAAUGUCUACUCGUUCCACCAGGCCUCCCGCCUGAUCCUCAACACGCGCCGCUCCGUCCAGCGCCACAAGUACGGAUGGGCCCUCGACCCGCAAGGCCACCCGAUGACGAACGAGACGGACACGAUCGAGCUCAACUCGCGCGAGACGUGGGCUGACGAUGCGCCGCUGAGUCCGUGCUCGCCGCAGUUCGCGCAGACGCCCCGCUACGCGCGCGACGCGUUCGGCGUCCGCGCACUCUCGCCCUGGCGCGACAGCGUCGGCAGCGCCCUGCCCCUGCCCCCGCGCGCGUCUCCGAGCUUGAGCGGCCGCGCGCGCGGAAGCUGGUCGUCGUUUGCGAUCCUCAGCCUCAAGCGCGCGAUGUCGCCCGGCUCGCAGACACUGGCGCCUGGACCGGCACACAGCGCGUGGCCACAGGGAGGCUCGUCGGUGGACGGGCGGGGGUCGCGCAUGUCGCCGUUCCCGCAGGACCUCAUGUACGUCGCGCCGUGGAUCAUCUUCGAGCGCGAGGACGGCAAGUGA